UCUACAAGUGGCACGAUGAAUAACAAUAAUGACGCGGGGCCGGAGCCGGGCAGUGUCAGUGUGGAAGAUCAGGACGAGAUGGUCGCGACGGAGCGCGAGCUUGCUGAGGACGCCCAAUGGAAGCGCAUUCAACAGAACACUUUCACGCGCUGGGCCAACGAACAUCUAAAGACUGUCAACAAACACAUCGGCAAUUUAGAGACGGACCUGUGUGACGGUCUUCGGCUGAUCACGCUUAUAGAGGUCCUUUCGGGGAAGCGUCUGCCAAAGCACAACAAACGGCCGAACUUCAGAUCACAGAAGUUGGAGAACGUCUCUGUCGCCCUUAAGUUCCUGGAGCAUGACGAAGCUAUACGGAUCGUGAAUAUCGAUUCAACAGAUAUAGUAGACUGUAAAUUAAAACUCAUUCUCGGAUUGAUAUGGACAUUGAUCCUCCACUACUCAAUCUCCCUGCCUAUGUGGGAGGGUGAAGAUGAUUCACAGCAUGAUGGAAAGGGUGCAACUCCAAAGCAAAGGUUACUGCACUGGAUUCAGAGCAAAGUUCCAGAUUUACCAAUUACAAAUUUCACUUCUGACUGGAAUGAUGGCCGAGCAGUUGGUGCUUUGGUUGAUGCAGUUGCCCCAGGUUUAUGCCCAGACUGGCAAGACUGGAAUCCAAAUGAUUCUGUACAGAAUGCUGCAGAAGCUAUGGGGCUGGCUGAUGACUGGCUCAAUGUGCGACAGCUUAUCAAGCCAGAAGAAAUGGUUAAUCCAAACAUUGAUGAAAUGUCAAUGAUGACUUAUUUAUCUCAAUAUCCCAAUGCAAAACUGAAGCCUGGUGCACCCCUGAGACCUCGCACUAAUCCGAAUAGGGUCCGGGCUUAUGGGCCUGGUAUAGAGCCCAUGGGACCAGUCGUAGGCGCACCAGCAAAUUUCACUGUUGAGACCUUCUCAGCAGGAAAAGGGAAAGUAGAAGUUACGGUAGAAGACCCGAAAGGCAACAGAGAGCCAGUUGAUAUUAGAUUCAACAAUGAUCGUAAUCUCACCUAUAGUGUCUCUUACAUUCCAAAAGUUGAAGGUAACCAUAAAGUUUCUGUUAAAUUUGCGGGACGAGAAAUACCAAAAUCGCCUUACAAUGUGCUUGUUGAGGGUCAUGCUGGAGAUCCAACCAAAGUGACAGCAUCAGGCCCUGGUUUGCAGCCAGAAGGAGUCAUGAUAAAUAGACCUACAUAUUUUGAUAUUUCAACAAAAGAUGCAGGUCGUGGAGUUCCAGAGGUUAUUAUUCUUGACCCUGCAGGUGCUAAAAACUCUGUGCCUGUUAAGGUUAGACAGAUUUCACCAGAUCUUUGGAGGUGUGAAUAUGUUUCAUCUGCAGUUGGUCUGCAUUCUGUGAAUGUGUUCUUUGCCGGGAAGCCAAUUCCGAACAGUCCAUUUGGUGUCAGAGUUUCACCAGUUUCUGAUGCGAAGAAAGUAAGAGCAUCUGGACGUGGACUGCAGCCUUCAGGUGUAAGAGUGGGGGAUGAUGCAACAUUCAGGAUCUAUACAGAAGGUGCUGGGGAAGGAACACCUGCAGUUCGAAUAAUAGGACCAGGUGGGGUUAAUGAGCAAGUUAAUUUGAGGAAGGUUGAUGGAACAGUGUAUGAAGCAGUUUACCAUCCUCGGAAGGAGGGACGUUAUGUAGUGAUGGUGACAUUUGCUGGCCAAGAGAUACCGCGAUCACCUUUUGAGGUGAAUGUUGGUCCUUAUAAAGAGACACAGAUACGAGCAUAUGGACCUGGUCUUGCUGGUGGUGUUGUUGGGUAUCCAGCUCUCUUCACAGUCGAAACAAAUGGUGAAACUGGAGCAUUAGGCUUCAGUAUUGAAGGCCCGUCGCAGGCCAAAAUUGAAUGUAAUGACAAUGGUGAUGGUUCUGCAGAUGUGAAAUAUUAUCCUACAGCACCUGGUGAAUAUGCUGUACAUAUUUUGUGUGACAAUGAAGAUAUUCCAAAGAGUCCCUACAUAUCGCAGAUAUUGCCAAAUACCGAUUAUUUCCCAGAAAAAGUUGAAUGUUAUGGGCCAGGGCUUGAAAAAUCUGUAUCAAAAGGAAAACCAGUGGAUUUCACAGUGGAUACAAGACGAGCAGGAUCUGCGCCAUUAGAUAUACAGGUCCUUGAUGCCAGUUGCAAAAAUGUUGAUGUUAAAGUAAAGGACAAUCACGAUGGGACAUUUAAGGCAGAAUAUGUUCCAAAAGGAGGGAAAAAUGUAGUACAGGUGAAUUAUGGUGGUGUUGCAACAAGGAAUAGUCCUUACAGAGUGUUUGUGUCAGAGCCUCUUAAUCCAUCAAAAGUGCAGGUCUUUGGACCUGGUGUAGAAAAAGGUGUGAAAUCGAACACCCCUACCCAUUUCAACAUUGACUGUAGAGAAGCUGGUCAUGGUGAUAUACAGCUGGCUCUUAAAAGUGAGACAGGAACUGAUGUGCCAUUGGAUAUCACUGACAAUGGAGAUGGUACUUUCACUGUCGACUACUGUGUGUCACAGCCUGGUCAGUAUACUGCAACAAUAAUGUAUGGUGGACAGAAGAUUCCUCAGAGUCCAAUAAAAAUACAAGUUCAACCCCAUGUUGAUAUUUCAAAAAUUAAAGUGGAUGGACUAGAACCAACGGCUCCUAUCAACAGUUUGCAGCAAUUCAGAGUGAUAACACAAGGUGCUGGAAAAGCAGACUUUGCUGUUGCUAUUACAAGUCCUUCAGGAAAUCGUGUGAAGGCUCAUGUUAUUCCAACACAUGAAGGUUUUCUUGUAAAUUUCACUCCAACGGAACUGGGAGAGUACUUACUGAGCAUCUCAUUUGGAGGAGAGGCCAUAUCUCCAGCACCAUACAGAUUCAUGUGCAUGCAUGACAGUGACCCAAGCAAAGUGAGAGCCACAGGACCUGGACUAGAAAGGGGGGUGGUGGGUCGACCAGCAGAAUUCUGUAUAGAUACUCGCGGAGCUGGCCAGGGUGGCCUUGGUGUUACAGUAGAGGGACCUUGUGAGGCAGCUAUCAACUGCAGGGACAAUGGUGAUGGAACAUGUUCUGUGGCUUACCUUCCUACAGAAGCUGGUGACUACAGUAUCAACAUUACAUUCAACGAUCAGCAUAUACCAGGCUCUCCUUUCCAAGCACUAAUUGUCCCAGAAGCUGAUUUGAAGAGAAUCAAAGUGUCUGGAAAUGGAAUACAACCACAUGGUGUAUUUGUGGAUUCGCCAACUGAUUUUGUGGUUGAUUCACGUGCUAUUGCAAAGAGAGAUGAUGGAAAGGUCACCUGUACAAUUACUAAUCCAUCUGGAACAAAGACUGAAAAUCUUAUCACACCAAUGGCUGAUGGAACAUACAGAAUCAGCUAUACGCCAUUUGAGGAAGGUCGUCACACAAUUGAUAUAUUAUAUGAUGGUUUACCAAUCCCAGGAUCACCAUUUGUUGUAAAUGUUAGGAGAGGCAGUGAUCCAAAGAAAUGCAGAGCAUUUGGCCCUGGUCUUGAAAUGGGUUUGGUUGAUAAACCUAACGUCUUCACAGUAGAAACUAAAGGAGCAGGAACAGGUGGUCUGGGUUUAGCUAUAGAAGGGCCUUCAGAAGCAAAAAUGACAUGCAAAGAUAAUAGGGACGGAUCAUGUUCAGUGGAAUAUAUACCAUCUGAACCAGGAGAUUACGAUGUCAGUAUUAAAUUUGCUGAUCAGCACAUUCCUGGCUCACCUUUUAAGGUGCCUGUUGAGAAAAGUGUGGAUGCUUCUGCUGUGAAAGCUUAUGGUCCUGGAUUGGAUCCCAAUAAAUGUAGGGCUGAUAUCCCAGUGUCUUUCAAAAUAGAUGCUUCAAAAUCUGGUAAAGCACCUCUGGAUGUUAAGCUGAGAUCAGAAAGAGGACCCUUGCAACACCAGCCAGUGAUCACAGAUCUCGGAGGUGGCAUUUACGAAGUCACAUAUCUGCCACCACCAGAAGGAAGCACACUGAAGGGCAGGAUAACUUGGGAUGGAAAAGACAUUCAAAACAGCCCCUUCCAGAUUAAAGUGCGACCUCCUGCAGAACCAGAGCGUGUGAAAGUAGAUGGUCCUGGUGUGUCAGGCAAAGGCAUUCCAGCAUCAAUUCCUGCAGAAUUCACUAUUGACACUAGUCAAGCUGGUUAUGGUGAUCUUGAAGUACAAGUCAAAGGUCCUGAUGGUUAUCCAAGAAAAGUUAAAGUAACUGAGAAUGAUGAUGGUACAUUCAAAGCUGUUUACGUACCAGAUGACUGUGGCAGGUACAAGGUGACUGUGAAAUACGAUGGCAAGGAGGUUCCACAUUCACCAUUCCAAGUUCAAGCAUAUGCAACUGGAAGUGCUGAGAAAUGUAAGAUAACUGAAGGCAUUCAGCGAGUCCUAACAAGUGGAGAAGAGUACUGCAUAACAGUAAAUGCUAAAAAUGCUGGAUAUGGUGCAGUAACUUGCCGUAUUCGAUCGACAUCUGGAAGUGACUUGGAUAUAGACAUUGAGGAUAAUGGUGAUGGAACAUUUAGCAUCUAUUACACUGUAAAAGAUGCAGGGGAUUAUACACUCAGUGUCAAAUUUGGUGGCCAGCCUGUUCCUGAUGGUUUCUACACUUUUACAGCGGGGCCAGAGGAUUACGUGAAGCAGACGGUCGUCCAGGAAACACAACGUGUGCAAAAGACCACCACCAGCCAACAAUACAGAUCUGUGCAGUUGGACAACAUCCCUCUGCCCACAACAGGAGGACACGUCACAGCUGAGAUAAAGAUGCCGAGUGGAAAUAUUGACAAGCCCAUCAUUGAAGACAAUCGUGAUGGAACAGUGAGCAUAAAGUAUGAUCCACGUGAGGAAGGACUGCAUGAGCUUUCUGUGAAGUACAAUGGAGAACAUGUCCAAGGAUCACCGUUUAAAUUCCAUGUAGACUCCAUUACGAGUGGCUAUGUCACAGCAUAUGGACCAGGACUGACACAUGGAGUCAGUGGAGAACCUUCAAAUUUCACCAUAUCAACAAAAGGAGCUGGAGCAGGUGGACUGUCAUUGGCCGUUGAAGGACCAAGCAAGGCAGAAAUUAGCUGUCAUGAUAAUAAGGAUGGCACAGUUUCUGUUUCUUAUCUUCCGACCGCUCCUGGUGAAUAUAAAAUUUCAGUCAAGUUUGGAGAGAAGCACAUAAAAGGGAGCCCUUAUAAUGCAAAGAUCACAGGUGAAGGUAGGAAAAGGAAUCAGAUUUCUGUAGGUUCGUGCAGUGAAGUGUCCUUCCCAGGUAAGGUGACUGAUGCUGACAUCCGAUCUUUGAAUGCGUCAAUUCAAGCACCAAGUGGCCUUGAAGAGCCUUGCUUCUUGAAAAGACUGCCAAAUGAUAAUAUCGGUAUUUCAUUUACACCAAGAGAAGUAGGUGAACAUGUUGUCUCCGUAAAACGCCUGGGAAAGCACAUUGCCAAUUCACCAUUCAAGAUAAAUGUUGGUGAACGGGAAGUUGGUGAUGCAAAGAAAGUGAAAGUAACAGGUGCAGGUCUUACUGAAGGGAAAACUCACACAGACAACUCUUUCACCGUUGAUACAAGAAGUGCAGGGUACGGUGGUCUGUCACUGUCAAUUGAAGGUCCAAGUAAGGCAGAAAUACAGUGUAAAGAUAAUGAGGAUGGAACCCUGAAUAUAUCGUACAAGCCCACAGAACCUGGGUACUAUAUUGUGAAUCUCAAAUUUGCAGACCAUCAUGUAGAAGGCUCACCUUUUACAGUAAAGGUGACAGGGGAAGGAUCGAACAGGCAACGUGAGAAAAUACAAAGGCAGAGGGAAGCUGUUCCCAUAACAGAAGUUGGUUCUGAGUGCAAACUGACAUUCAAAAUGCCAGGAAUCACUGCUUUUGAUCUUGCUGCUACUGUUACAUCACCAGGAGGAGUAACGGAAGAUGCUGAAAUAAAUGAAGUUGAAGAUGGCUUGUAUGCUGUACAUUUUGUUCCAAAAGAGCUUGGUGUGCACACAGUAUCCGUGAAAUAUAAGGAAAUGCACAUUCCCGGGUCCCCUUUCCAGUUCACUGUUGGUCCUCUGAAGGAUGGUGGUGCACACAGAGUUCAUGCUGGAGGCCCAGGUCUGGAGCGUGGUGAGCAAGGCCAACCGUGCGAGUUCAAUGUUUGGACCCGUGAAGCUGGUGCUGGCUCUCUUGCCAUCUCAGUUGAGGGACCAAGCAAAGCUGAAAUAGACUUCAAGGAUCGCAAGGAUGGUUCCUGCUAUGUCAGCUACAUUGUCUCAGAGCCAGGUGAAUACCGUGUGGGAAUCAAGUUCAAUGAUCAGCAUAUACCAGAUUCACCUUACAAGCUGUUCAUCUCCCCAGCUAUGGGAGAUGCCCAUAAGCUUGAAGUUUUCCAGUUCCCCUCAUCCGGUGUGCAGGCUGAUAAACCCACUGCGUUCCUCGUCAGGAAGAACGGAGCUAAAGGAGAAUUAGAUGCUAAGAUUGUGGCUCCCUCUGGUAUUGAGGAUGACUGCUUCAUACAAUCAAUUGAUUCAGAAACUUAUUCUGUGCGUUUCAUGGCCAGAGAGAAUGGAAUUCACAACAUCCAUUGCAAAUUCAAUGGUGUACAUAUCCCAGGAUCCCCAUUCCGCAUAAAAGUUGGCAAGGAGGAUGCAGACCCUGCAGCUGUACAUGCUCAUGGAAAUGGGCUGGCAGAGAUAAAAACAGGCCAGAAGACUGAUUUCUUAGUUGAUACGUGCAAUGCAGGAGCCGGCACAUUGGCAGUAACUAUUGAUGGGCCUUCAAAAGUAUCAAUGGACUGCACAGAAGUAGAAGAAGGCUACAAAGUUCGUUACACACCACUGGUUCCAGGAGACUAUUACAUUAGUAUUAAAUACAAUGGGUACCAUAUUGUUGGAUCACCAUUUAAAGUUUUGUGCACAGGAGAGGAUUUGGCUGAAAGAGGAGCACAAGAAACAUCAUCUGUUGUUGUAGAAACAGUGCAGAAAGUAUCGAAGAGCAAACACACUGGACCCGUCCUGCCACUAUUCAAGUCUGAUGCUUCGAAAGUAACAAGCAAAGGAAUGGGUCUGAAGAAAGCAUACCUACAAAAACAGAACAUGUUUACUGUACAUGCUGGAGAAGCAGGUAACAAUAUUCUGUACGUUGGUGUUUAUGGCCCCAAAAGCCCAUGUGAAGAAGUAUUCAUUAAACAUCUUGGAAGGAAUAACUACCAGGUGAAUUAUGUUGUUCGAGAACGAGGGGAAUAUAUUGUAAUUGUGAAAUGGGGAGAUGACCACAUCCCAGGCUCUCCCUUCAAAGUGGAUGUGUGAUUUGUGAAAUCCUCUUGAAAGACACAGUUUCUCACCAGUUGGUGCUUCAUCAUAGCAAAUCAGUAAUCUCAGUAAUUGGAAAGAACAGGAAAACAAAUUUUGACAAUCUAAAUCUAUGCAGAAACCCAAAUGGAUAAUUUUAUAGAUCUCUUGAGUGCAUGCAAAUUGAGGGAGCAAAAUAUAUGUGAACUAUGGUGCCAUACUGCCUGCUUUCAAAGAAAAAGACAAAAUGAAUAGUGUAGUUAGAUACCAAAUGUAAAUUUUAAAUUAAUAUUUUGUAGGUAGCCUUUUUCUUUACGAUAAUAUGUGUGUACUUCAGGAGUGUGAUGGGACAUCAGUCAGAGGUAAUUAUAUUUCAAAAUUUGAUUUACUGAAUCAUUCCAUUUGUAAUCACCUAGACCUCAUAAUCUUCUACCUUUGUAUAUGCCUGGCCAAAAGCUCUCCAUUUGGGUUUCUGUAAAGAAUCAAUGCAUUCUGAAAAAAGUGAAAGUGUGCCUUAGAAAAAAAUGAUUUCAGUUUUGAUUACAUUUGUCUGGAUCCAAUUUGAAUGUCAUGAUGUGUCUAAAUUUGUAUCACCCAUUUUACGUGUCAGCAUCAUCAUAAUUCUAAUUUAUUUUCCCAUGCAUUAUUGUUAUUGUACUACCUGUUUCAUGAAGACACUGUAACUUUUAAUGGAUAUUUUACUUGAAAUUUCUGUAAAUAUCCUUUUGAUUCAUUACAGUACAAUAAAACUGAAUGUGCCUUAUUGUAGCUUGUAAGUAAAUGACAAAACCAGUACAGCAACUCGUGCAGAAUUUUUAUAGAUCAAAAAAUCUUUGAUUACAUUUCCAUAUAAUGUAUUCCUCUCCAGGAAAUAAACUGUACAUACAUCCAA